AUGGAAUCAUACAAAUAUCCAAAUUACGAAACACAUUAUCCAGUAAGAUCGGAUGACGAAUCCACAAAUAAUGCUGUACCAGCAAACACUCCAGAUAAUGAGGUUACUGACAUUGAAAAACAUAAUAAAACUCAACAUGAAAAAGUUAUUUCUAAAGAUGCUGUCAAGUGGUAUAAAAAUACUAAAGCCAAAUUGCAAUUCAAUGAGACUUUAGUGUUUUUCUUUAAUUUUUUGGCAAUUAUUCCAUUAUCCAAAAUUAUGACUGUUGGAAUUGAUGAUUUCGCGACAAGAUUGCCUCCGGCAUAUGGUGUAGUUCUACAUGCCUGUGCUGGAAACUUUGUCGAGCUUGUUAUUUUAGGUUACGCUUUAAUAGAUAGAAACUAUUCCAUUGUCCGUUCAUCAUUACUUGGAGCUAUUUUAUGUAAUAUCUUGUUGAUUCUUGGUGUAGUCUUUUUGGCUGGUUCCUGGCCAAGGAAUCGUCGUGAUUCCAAGAAUGCUCAUUUGAGUACUCAGUUAUGGGUGUCAACUAGUGCUUCAACACUUGCUCUAGCUGUUCUUGCACUUGUCACUCCUGCCGCAUUCAAGUUGGCUGCUCCUGCCGGUACUGGUAUUGAAUGUGACAUUCAAAAUAUCAGUCAUGCUACUGCUAUUAUUUUAUUACUCGUAUACGUUGGAUUAUUGGUAUUCCAGCUGAAGACCCAUGCAAAUGAGGCUUUUAAUACCGAAGAACAUAUCCCAAAAAAAGCUCAAUAUUUCCUCAUAUAUGAUGUAUUUUUAGUUGUCUUGUCGGUUUUUGGUAUUACUUUUUGCGCAAGAUUCCUUGUGACAAGUAUUGAACAUUUGGCUCACAACUUUAGACUUGGAAACGGUUUUAUUGGGAUGGUUCUUAUACCUCUUUGUGUUGUGUCUAACUUUAUGGAACAUUACGAUGCUAUUAAAGAAGCUUCUAAAGAUAAAGUCGAUACCGCUGUUAGCUUGGUCCUCAAUACCUCUGUGAUGUCUUAUGUUAUGAUUGCUGUUGCAUUCUUCUAUCUUCCCGAUCUACCCGAAAUUCCUGAAAAUAUACAUUGUAACCCUUGGAGCAGAAAUCUUCCUCCAGAUACUUCUUCAAUAAAGAUUGAAGAACUUGUUCAUUAA